AUGGCUUUUUUCGGUUUGACCAACCUUGGUUAUCAAUACCCAAUAGGAGAUAAAAUGAUUGUUAAUCCGAGAGGAAAGCUUUAUUCUCAGGAUGUUGGGAUUAACAGCCAAGAAGCUCUGUGUCCAUCUCUUGAAGAAAAACAGGGAUCACUUAAAUGUACAGAAACACGCCAAUUGAACCACCUGCCUGCACGCAGCAGCACUGACAUUCACCAUGGAAGCCAUGAGCGCUAUAAGGAGAUGGUCAAACGGCUUCAAACACCUAGAGCCCCCAACCAGCUGUACGUAACGCCUCUAACAGAUAGCCAACAGUAUGGAUGGAUGUCAUCAAAAUGUCCCGAGCCAUGGACCGAAGUCAGGCGGUUUCCUCGAAAGAACAGCGAGAUGACAAAGUUUGUGAAAGAAAUGUCAUUGGCAGACCGGGAAUUCAUCCUGUUCUGAUAGUGCACGACAUUUCCCUUUUUCAAACACAUAAAAGUCACGUUGACAAAUUUGAAGGACUAUUUUAUGUGACUUUCAGAGAUUACAUUUAAGCAGGCCCAUCUUUGGGGGAUAACUUUCUAGGGCUCUGACUGCCUUUACAGAACUUCACUUCUUUAUUUUUAAAACUUAGUUACAAAGAAGUCUGAUUGUAUUAAUCUAUGAAACUCUUCAGGUUACCAUUAUCAAUACCUUUCAGAAUUCUUUAAGCAAAGGUCCUCAUAAAUAGUGUUAUGAAGACCUUAUAUUGCUACCAAAGUUUGAUUUUGAAAUUGGGAAAUAUCAAUUGUUUUAUCUACUACACCAGCCUGUGAUACACAAGGUCAAAAU